CUGCCAGUAACGCCUGAACUCACGCUGGAGUGUCUCAUUUUUCCUAACCAGGGGGAAAAAAGGAUUAUUUUAUGUAACGUCCUACAUAUUUCUUUAGGCUGUUUUCACCGGCAAAGUAUGCUACACUUUCAGUAAAAGAACUCUGCAAAAUCACACCAGAAAGCAGUCCUUUACAGAGGAUGGUUAAAUACACAGUGGAUAUUUACUGGGCCGUUUGAUUCACCAGAUUCUAAUGCGGGCUUCAAGAUCUGAUCUCACAUCCACCUGAGUAUACAAGUUUUUAUUUGCUUCAGGACUUCUGCUUAAUUUGAAAGUGACGAUGAAGUACAGAGCAGCGGCUCCAGCAAUCGACGGGAUCCGGGUCACCAUGGAAAGUGCCUUAACGGCCCGGGAUCGGGUCGGCGUCCAGGACUUUGUUCUGUUGGAAAACUAUACAAGUGAAGCAGCAUUCAUAGAAAACCUAAGGAAACGAUUUAAGGAGAACUUAAUUUAUACGUAUAUUGGGUCAGUGUUGGUCUCUGUCAACCCAUAUAAAGAGCUGGAGAUCUACAGCAAGCAGCACAUGGAAAGAUACCGAGGGGUCAGCUUCUAUGAAGUAUCACCUCACAUCUAUGCAAUAGCAGACAACUCCUACCGGUCUUUACGCACAGAGAGGAAAGAUCAGUGCAUCCUAAUAUCUGGAGAAAGUGGUUCUGGAAAGACAGAAGCCAGCAAGAAAAUCCUUCAGUACUAUGCUGUGACAUGUCCCGCCAGUGAUCAGGUGGAGACUGUGAAAGAUCGUCUCCUUCAGUCCAAUCCUGUUUUGGAGGCCUUUGGGAAUGCAAAAACGUUACGGAAUGACAACUCUAGUCGAUUUGGAAAAUACAUGGAUGUACAGUUUGAUUACAAGGGUGCCCCUGUGGGUGGUCACAUUCUAAACUAUCUCCUGGAGAAGUCACGAGUGGUGCACCAGAACCACGGGGAAAGAAACUUCCAUAUUUUCUACCAGCUGUUGGAGGGUGGUGAGGAGGAACUGCUUCGCCGUCUGGGUCUUGAUAAAAAUGCACAAAACUACCAGUAUUUGGUAAAGGGUCAGUGUGCCAGGGUGAGCUCCAUUAAUGAUAAAAAUGAAUGGAAGACAGUGCGACGGGCUUUGUCUAUCAUCAAUUUUAAUGAAGAUGACGUAGAGGAAUUGCUGAGUAUUGUAGCCAGUGUCCUGCAUUUGGGCAAUGUGCAGUUUGCCUCAGAUGACCACAGCCAUGCUCAAGUCACAACCGAAAACCAAAUCAAAUACCUCGCCAGACUAUUGGCUGUUGAUGCUACUGUCUUGCGUGAAUCUCUUAUACAUAAGAAGAUCAUUGCAAAAGGAGAAGAAUUGAACAGCCCUUUGAAUCUUGAGCAAGCUGCAUAUGCGCGCGAUGCCUUAGCAAAGGCUAUAUAUGGACGCACCUUCUCUUGGCUCGUCAGUAAGAUUAACAAGUCACUUACAUACAAGGGGAGUGAUAUCCACAGCAUUGGGAAUGCUUCUGUCAUUGGACUGCUAGAUAUAUAUGGUUUUGAAGUUUUUCAGCACAAUAGUUUUGAACAGUUCUGCAUCAAUUACUGUAAUGAGAAAUUACAGCAGCUUUUCAUAGAAUUGACCCUAAAAUCUGAGCAAGAAGAGUAUGAAUCUGAAGGCAUUGCGUGGGAACCUGUCCAGUACUACAACAACAAGAUUAUAUGUGAUUUGGUGGAAGAAAAGUUCAAAGGGAUUAUUUCCAUUUUAGAUGAAGAAUGUUUGAGGCCUGGUGAAGCCACAGAUAUGACAUUCCUUGAAAAACUUGAAGACACUGUGAAAAACCACCCACACUUUGUUACACACAAACUUGGUGACCAGAAAUUGCGCAAGUCUCUCGGGAGGGAUGAAUUCCGUCUUUUGCAUUACGCAGGAGAAGUAAACUACAGUGUAGCAGGGUUUUUGGACAAAAACAAUGAUCUGCUUUUCCGCAAUUUAAAAGAGGUCAUGUGUGAUUCGGGCAACCCGAUUGUACAUCAAUGUUUUGACAGAGCAGAACUGACUGAUAAAAAAAGACCAGAGACGGUGGCAACUCAGUUUAAAAAUAGCCUGUCCAAGCUGAUGGAAAUUCUCAUGUCAAAGGAGCCCUCUUAUGUACGAUGCAUAAAGCCCAAUGAUGCCAAACAGGCAGCUCGUUUUGACGAAGUUUUGAUCAGGCAUCAGGUGAAGUACCUGGGACUCAUUGAAAAUGUCCGUGUGCGUAGAGCUGGUUUUGCAUACAGACGAAAGUAUGAGAUCUUUCUACAAAGAUACAAAUCACUGUGUCCUGAAACUUGGCCAACUUGGAAUGGUCGUGCACAAGAUGGAGUGGCAGUUUUAGUGAAGAGCCUGGGAUACAAGCCUGAGGAGUAUAAAAUGGGGAGAACCAAGAUCUUUAUUCGCUUUCCAAAAACACUGUUUGCAACAGAGGAUGCUUUGGAAGAGAGGAAACAAAGCAUAGCAACUUUUCUUCAAGCGAGAUGGAAGGGGUAUGUUCAGCGCAAGAGUUUCUUACACAUGAAAUAUUCCGCAAUUCAUAUACAGUCAUGGUGGCGAGGAAAUAUUGGUCGCAAAAAAGCUGCCAAAAGAAAGUGGGCUGUGGAUGUCAUUAGACGGUUUAUCAGGGGCUUCAUUUACCGUAACUACGACCGAUGCCCAGAGAAUGAGUACUUCCUGGAUUAUAUCCGCUACUCUUUCCUGAUGAAUCUGAGACGCAAUAUGCCAAAAAGCGUGUUGGAUAAAUCAUGGCCUGUACCACCCCCAUCACUACAAGAGGCUUCAGAGCUAUUGAGAGAAAUGUGCAUGAACAAUAUGGUGUGGGCGUACUGCAGAAGAAUCAGUCCUGAAAUGAAACAACAGUUGGAACAAAAAGUUGUUGCUAGUGAAAUAUUUAAGGAAAAAAAAGACAACUACCCACAAAGUGUUCCAAGACUGUUUAUCAACACCAGGCUUGGUAUUGAAGAAAUAAAUGCUAAAAUUCUUCAAACCAUGGAAAACCAAACACUAACAUAUGCUGUGCCUGUAGUCAAGUACGACCGUAAAGGGUAUAAGCCGCGGCGGAGGCAACUGCUGCUCACACACAACACCGCCUACAUUGUGGAAGAAGCCAAACUCAAGCAGAGGAUUGAUUAUGCCAAUCUGACUGGUAUCUCUGUCAGCAGUUUAAGUGACAACCUUUUUGUGAUCCAUGUGAAAUGUGAAGAUAACAAGCAAAAGGGAGAUGUAGUGCUACAGAGUGAUCAUGUCAUUGAAACCCUGACGAAAAUCGCCAUAUCGGCUGAGAAAAUCCAUAACAUUAACAUUAUUCAGGGCAGCAUCAAGUUUACAGUUGGACAUGGUAAAGAAGGCAUCAUCGACUUCACACCAGGCUCAGAGUUACUUAUCGCCAAAGCCAAGAAUGGGCACCUCUCGGUGGUUGCUCCAAGGCUCAAUUCACGAUGAUGAAAAUUGUUACCAUAAUAGGAAUACCGUCCCCAGCCAAUCAGAUGACUUAACGUGAAUACAAUCUCUCACUGGCUGGAAAGUACUUUCUUUAUUGCAAUACCGACUGCUUUUAUUUUUAUAGUUACCAAAGACCUGCGCUGCUUAAAGCCAUUUUAAAGACAGAAUCAUUUUAUAUAUAUAUAUAUAUUUGACACACCAAACUUUUAUUUUUUAACUAUAACCUGCUUUUGCACAGACUUCCUUACUAUUGACUUGUUGCUGACAUUUCACAUUCUCUUGCUCAAGGUGUAAUGCGGUUAACCAGCAAAGAAGAAUUCAAGCCGCUUACACAACUAUGUCAAGUAGCAAGGAAAACUAUGAAUCCAUCACUAUUUUGCGGUCAGCCUGCAGCAAAAUUGAAAUUAAGAUAAAGAAAUGAUUGUUCUGCAUUAAUACACAGAAAGCAAUAUAUGCAAUCCAUUUUUUGUCAGUUUAUAGAGGUGGAGGAAUAAUAGGAGGAUUGUAUAGUUUUCAACUCCUCCAGAAUGUUAUGAUGAUAUAGAGAAAAAGUAGAUUUUAAGAAAAGCCUUCUACGUUAAAAAAAAAAAAAAGCCAUACAUAAGUGAACAGUAGACUAUGUUAAAUAAACAAAAGAUUUUGGGGCACCAUAUCGAGUGCAUUGUACAAUUUAAACAUUGCAAGAUGUGCAAUACAUUGUCCUUUUUUGUUUUGAGGGCAUGCCACUUAAACUUAGUUUUUUAGGGAAUUUAAAAAGUACUGUCUGUAUAGUAAACAUACUGACCCAAAGAAAGUGUAAGUUUGCCUUAAUAAGAAAACUCUGCAUGUGUUCAUAUGAUUCCAUGGAAUGCUUUCUAUGCAACACUAAUUAUUUCUAACUGCCAGGGUUCCCCCUGCUAUUUCACAGUACUGUUUUAUUCACAUGUAAUAAAUGUUUUGCUUGCAGAGAAGACAUGGAUUUUUUCAGCGCAAUAUCUGUUCUAAGUAGAACUGGGCAAAUGCUUAAAUAUUCCACGUAUGCUUUGAGAUGCACUGACAUGCAAUAUUUUGUGUUUUUUUUGGGGUUUUUUUUUUUACAAUUUACACUAUUCACUAUCAUUUCAAGGCGUCUUUUGUAUGAAGCACAUGUUAUUAAAAAAGGGCUUGUGAACCAAAACAACUGCCAACUGGUGCUCGAGGAAAAGAAGCAACACCAGAGAAAAUGUAACUUUUAAUCAUUUUGAUUGCUCAGAAUGCUUUUAUUUAUAAUUAUUUUAUGCCUAAUUUAUCCAUUCUAAAUCCUAUUUGAUCCUUAUGCUAUGUGGGACACUACAAACGCAACACAUGGAGUGAAAGAGAAUAAGAUCAGCUUUAAAAUGAAAAUGUUAACUGCUGUAAAUGGUUUCCAGUCUGUUGUGGCUGUAAAUAAAAAUCGGCCUUUUUCAGUUUAGACACUGUCUAUGGACUGAGAAAUGUAAUUGGUACCAUCCAGAUUUCUUGUCUUCUUUGUCAGUAGGUUUUUUCAACAUGCAUUAAAAUGCUUUAUUACAGAUAA